AUGCCUCAGGUGCAUUUUGUCAACGUGAUCAAAAUUGCGCGUCUGUUUCGUUUGCUGAAGCUCCGGCAGAAGAUGGCCCGCUACACUCAGUAUACCUCAGUGGUCCUGAUCCUGCUCAUGUCCGUGUUUAUUCUUAUGGCCCACUGGAUGGCAUGCAUCUGGUAUCUUAUUGGCCAGGUGGAAAUGGAGAAUAAACCCUACAACUGGGAUGUUGGAUGGCUUCCCAGGCUAGGGAAUCGUAUAAAUAUGCCGUACCAUGCAGUGGGAGCUGUGAAUGCGACCAGCGGUGGUCCCCCCAUCCGCAGCAUCUACAUUGCAUCACUCUACUUCAUCCUCACCAGUCUUACCAGCGUGGGCUUCGGCAAUGUGUCAGCAAACACUGACGCAGAAAAGAUCUUCUCUAUUUGCAUCAUGGUAUCAGGAGCACUGAUGUAUGCCUUGGUUUUUGGCAAUGUGACAGCCAUCCUCCAGGGGAUGUACUCCCACUUUUCCCCUAACCACGCAAGAACCAAAGACCUCAAGAACUUCAUGCAUGUCUAUAAGCUGCCAAAUCCCCUCAGGUUGAAAAUGUUGGAGUACUUUCAAACAACUUGGUCUAUCAACAAUGGUAUCGACAUUAAUGAGGUGCUGAAGGACUUUCCAGAUGAGCUGCGAUUCCAAUUCACCACGCAUGUUCACUUGGACAUCCUGGAGCUGUCACUGUUUUCCUCUGCCAGUCGUGGCUUCCUGCGCUCCCUGUCACUGCACAUCAAGUCCUCCUUUUGCAUCCCUGGAGACUACCUCCUUCGACAGGGCGAUCCUCUACAGGCCAUCUUCUUUGUCUGUUCAGGGUCCAUGGAAGUGCUAAAAGAUGGGAUAUACUUGACCACCUUAGGUAAAGGUGACCUAAUUGGAGCAAAUCUGUCGUUGGAUAACCUGGUAAUAAAGACAAACGCUGAUGUGAAAGCCCUGACCUACUGUGACCUGAAGUGUAUCAAUCUGAAAGGCCUCUAUGAGGUGUUAGACCUCUACCCUGAUUACUCUCAAGAAUUUUGCCAGAAUGUCCAGCAGGGUCUCGCAUACAACCUGAGGGAGGGACACGAGACACAUGUCGAGGCCGAACUGCCAACAACAACUCUAGAGACUCAGGUGGGAACCAUCCAGAGGGAUGUGGCUGAGCUGGGACAGGCCAUGAAGAGAAUAGCCCAUCUUAUGGAGACCUUCAUGUCCACAGCUCCACAACCUGCAGUGGACGGAGGAGAGGCUCUCCAGAUCUCUGGAUCUUCUCCUCAAACUGAACUUGGGCGAGCCAACAGCCGCCAAAACCAGCGUCUGUAG